UUCUCCUGAACACGCACAUCAAUCUGCAAGUCAUGACUACUCAAGGAGACCUCGAACAAGCAGACCCUGGGCCAAGUGUUGGUAUAAAUCCUGAGAAAUGCACAGGUGGUCAACGUGAUGAACAGGGCAAGACUCAAAAGGAUACAAAUACAACUACAGAAGAAGAUUCGGCGCUUGUGGCGGCAUGGAUGCAACGACUCCAGACGCUCACUCUUAUAACGACAUUUCUUGCUUCCAUCGACGGAGAGCUCUUCACCCUUACCUCCAUACCGUCGCAGGUGACACUUAAUGCAAGCGAGGAAUCUGUGGAACUCGUGUAUGCAUGCUUUACUGGUGCCCUCAUUUUUCAUGUCUGUUCUUCAAUUCUGGGAUAUGUGGCAUCUUUUGCUCUCAUUCGAUACCAGAUCGUCGAUACAGUAACCGAAACCGACAAGCUAGGAAAACGUUCUAGUACUGGUGUACCUCACCAGGAAAGUAUUCAGGGAAAGCAGCUCUUACUUAGAGCCGUCCCUCCUUUGUAUGCUGUACAGUCCCUUCUUCAGGUACCCUUGGGGUUCCGGCUUCAAUCCAGGACGUCCUCUCCCCCAUUGGAUCUCUUGACUCGGUGCUAUUAUACGAUUUUGGCGCUCACUGGUGCCGGCUUUAUCUUGGCACUUCUUGGUAUCGCCACUUACGCAUGGUUUGGACUGCAGCGGGUUGUUGGGAUAUUCACAUUGGCUUGUCUAGGUGGUAGUUUGUUGUCAUGUGUGUGGGCGGUGGUAUACUGAACCUGCUUUGACUACGUACGGCCCAUACCCUUGACGACUUGCAUAAUUAUUGAUUACGUUCUAUAGAGUCUCACUCGUGUUGUUAAUAACAUGACUCAUUCACGACUUAUUUGAA